CAGACUCGCAGCCAGCGCGCGCGGCCACAGAAGGGGUGCAGCGGGGAGCUGAGGGCUGCGAACUUGCGCAGGCAGCGGGGUGCCGGCUCUCACGGUCCGCCGCCUCCUCUGUGCCUGAUGAGUUGCACCAGAAUGAUCCAGGUUUUGGAUCCACGUCCUUUGACAGGUUCAGUUAUGCCAGUGGAUGUGGCCAUGAGGCUUUGCUUGGCUCAUUCACCACCUCUGAAGAAUUUCCUGGGUCCUUACAAUGACUUUCAAAGAAGAAAUUUUGUGAAUAAAUUAAAACCCCUGAAACCGUGUCUCAACCUCAAACAGGAAGCCAAAUCACAGAACGAAUGGAAGCGCUCACACAACCAAGCCAAGAAGCGGGUGGUAUUUGCUGACUCCAAGGGCCUCUCUCUGACUGCUAUCCAUGUCUUCUCUGACCUCCCAGAAGAUCCUGCAUGGGAUCUCCAGUUUGACCUCUUGGAUCUUAAUGAUAUCUCCUCUGGCUUAAAACUCCAUGAGGAGAAAAACUUGAUUUUAGAUUUUCCUCAGCCUGCAACUGAUUACUUAAGUUUCCGGAACAAUUUUCAGAAGAACUUUGUCUGCCUGGAGAACUGCUCUUUGCAAGAGCGCACAGUGACUGGGACUGUCAAAGUGAAAAACAUGAGCUUUGAGAAGAGAGUUCAGGUCCGUAUCACUUUUGAUAGUUGGAAAAGCUACACAGAUGUGGACUGUGUCUACAUGAAGAAUGUGUAUGGCAGCUCUGAUAGUGACACCUUCUCAUUUACCAUUGACUUACCCCUUGUCAUUCCAACUGAGGAGAAAAUUGAGUUCUGCAUUUCUUACCAUGCUAAUGGGCAGGUCUUCUGGGACAACAAUGAGGGUCAGAAUUACAGAAUUGUCCAUGUACAGUGGAAGCCUGAUGGGGUACAGGCGCACAUGGCACCCCAAGACUGUGCAUUCCACCAGGCGCCCCAUAAGACUGAGUUAGAGUCAACAGUCUUUGGCAGUCCAAGGAUGGCUAGUGGGCUCUUUCCAGAAUGGCAGAGCUGGGGGAGAAUGGAGAACUUGGCAUCUUAUCGAUGAAUUAAGCAACCUAGUGUCUGCUCUUGACUUGUCAUAGUCCCUGUGCAAUUCUAGGUCGGUAUUGCUCAAUAUUAGGAAGUAUUUGCUACUUUCUUCCAUCAGUAGGUUUAGGUUUGAGCUUUGCGGCCUGACUACAGAAGAUAUGGCCACUUGAGAAUUUAGCGUUGGGGUCUGAUGUGGAUGAUGCUACCCAAUUUUGUUUUAGAGACUCAAGUAACAGCCUAGGAACUAUUUUUAGAAAAAUAAUGCUUUUUCAGUGCCCUUCCUCCUUCCCUCUCAAUUCAUUAGCUUUCACAUUGGCCAAGCAAAAGUUAAGGAAGGAGAAUUGAUGGUGAUGGAAAGCUGUGUUAAUGGUGUGAGGAAUGUGUGAGAGGUGUACUGUACAAGAAGGGCUCCGAAGCUCAAGUCAGAGUGGGAGAGAAAGUCCGGUACUUAAUUGUCAGUGAGAACAUGUAAGGUUGUUUUGUGUUUUAAAGUUGGUUUUAUGGUUCUCUCCUGGGCAAAUACCUCACAGAGGGGAAAGAGAUCCAUUUAUAUAUUCUUGUGGAGAAAAGCCAAAUAAAAUUCCCAGGUUUGGGAUGGUACUGGAGGAAGAAGAUCUAUAAUUCUGGAGAAUUAAGAUCUUAAGGGAAGCUUUUCUGUGUAAACAUGAUCUUUCAAAAAUCAUGAUGUAGGAAAAGUUUAAGCAAACCUGUCUUUGCAGUCAAAUGUGAUACAAGACUUUGUGAUCAAGACUUGGUUUUUUGGAGCAGAAUGCUGAUCAAUAAAAGCCAUGCUGUCACCAAUGGCUGACAACGUGUAGGAGCUCAAGGUCACAGCCAAGCUCUUUGCAAGAGCCUUGAUUAAACCAGAGCACUCUGGUUGCUUAACCCAAACAUCUGAAUGGUCAUCUGAGGACUCAUGGGUGUUUGGCCUCAUAAGGAGGUCUGUUAUGUACAUUGGCAUUCCUCCUACAAUACUGUUGUAUCUUCAAAAGUGCUGUCAGUGUACACAGCCAGGUCCUUCAUAUUGAAGGUGACUCAUUUUUCUGCCGCACUUUUUCAAUGUGAUAUUUGAAGUGAGGAUUGACACUAGGGUUCUCAGUACAAGAAUCUAGUACCUUGCACGUAGAACUAGCAGUCUCUCUCUUACUUAUUUUUGUCUAGCUGUUUUAAUUUCCUUUGAAAUCAAAAUACUUCUUUUUUUUUAGAAAAUGGAUAUAAAUUGUUUUUGUGUGUGCAUAUGUUCAUUCUGUAAGAUCUUAAGGGCAGGAGUUCCAAAAUAUUUGCUUCUACAGAGCACAUUCAUUGAGAGGUGUUAAGAGAAUGCAGUUAAUUUUAACAUGUAAUCUGCCAUGCUGAAAAAAUACUAUUGGAAUAACUCUGUGAUAACAGUAUUUGAAGUUUGACUAGCAUCCAUAAUUUUUCUACUGUAAAUAUUUCACUCCCUUCUAGCUAUCCUUCAUGAACUUCUCGCUUUAAGAAUAAAUGUGUUUGAUAAUAAGA